GCACAAUUUUUCCUUUUUCUCAGUGGGCUCAAAGGUGCACCAAAGCAUAUCAGGCAGCAGGACACUUAUGGCCGUAGCAAAAAGUACUUUGGAGUCCCAAGAAAAUAAUUUUCUUCAAACGGAUUUAUCAUCAGUUACCACUCCCCUUGACAUGACUUUAUUUAACCCAGAAGAAAUGGUCAGGAUUUCGGAAAGGAGAACUAGACCGCUGGUACAUACCUCCGUAACUAGCAAUGAAGCUUUCCUAAGUGACGAUGAAUUUAUUAGCUCAUUUCCAAAGGCACAGUGGACUCCUCCACUAAAGUCUUUUGCAGUUUUAACGGAUCAUCACUCCGUUAAUACAAUAGAGCCCGUAAAAGAAACAUUAGAAACUGUGUUGCUAACACCUUCAUUAUCUGUCUUUUCUUCACCAUAUGAUAUGAAAACGGUACAGCAGAAGACUCCGUUAAGUACUGUUCCAAAAUUACAGCCUUUUGUACCAGAUAGUGAAACUGUAAAUGCAAGCAGAGACCUGCUAUUGUACCCUCCAAAUACAGAUAUUUAUUUCACUUCCAUUCCUUCAGAAGAUGUAGUUACAGUGUGGGAAAACAUAAGCAAAAGUUUAGUGUCUCUGCCUUCUGGGGCCACUGCAGAAGGGUCCUCUGUUCUUCUCAGACUGCUGACUGAAGCCAGCCAUAUUACACCAGAUGCUACAUCACAAAAUAUAGAUCCAUUUGGUGACGUUUACACCAAUGUGAGUAGCAGGACAACAGAAGCUGCCAGCCGAAGGACCUAUCCUGUUUCCAGCAUUCCCUGGGCCACACCUGUUUCUGUAAGCAGUGCUGAGCCUGCUUUGUUUCCAAUUAGUCUUCCGUUUGCAUCUCUCCCGCUUCGCUCACCUGCCAUUUUCACUGACUCUGAUAUGGUUCUUAACAGCAACUUGUUUACACACAAAUUCUCCAGUACAACACCAAAUCUGCCUGCCAGUUCAGAAGUACCGAGUCAAUCUGAGCUUUUCAGCGAGCUCAUAAGCCCAGUGCCUUUCACUAGAUCGCCCACAUCUUGUUUAUAUUGUGACUCAGUUUCACUUCUGUCGGAACCAGGCUUCUCUCCAGAGCAUGACGCGGGUUCAGGUGAUUAUGUUGAAACUUUGUCAGUGAAAGCCUCUGAAGUAAAAGGCGUAACUCCAUUUACAACUGUAAUUGCUGAUGUGUAUGAAUUAGAGGAGCCUACACCUGAAACUUUUGAUACUUCUUUUCCAUCAAGACCUGUUGUUUUGUUUUCUUCAAGAUUUGCAGAAAUCCCCGAGUCGACCAUGUUGUUAAGCACUGUGGACACUGCCCUUAACAAUAAAAUGCCUGCGACAAUUUUUCCUUCCUACAAUCAACACUCUGGAGGAAUGGCAUUGAACAUCUCUCCUUCUCAGUUUUCCUUCCCUGUUAUGGAAACUAUUUUGUUAACUCCGAGCAUUAGUGUAGAUCUUCCUGAUACCACCAGUGCUCUCUUUGAAUCUACCUUCAGCCCGAGCGAGGCAGUACCAUCGUUUGCAAUCAGCCAUACAACUUUGCUGGAGUCACCAGAAUUUAUGCCAUCAGAAUCUCUAUUUUUCCUUGACAAGACAUCGGCAAGGGAAGAAUCACCUGUAAAUAUUUCAAAUUUUCCAUCCAGUCCUUUAUCACCGCCAUUUCUUUUUGAACCUAGCUACUUGUCUUUGUUAUCAUCAGCCGUACUAACUUCUUACUCUCUCAUGCCAAGUGAUUUAUCAACACUGUUACCUCAGACCUUGUUGACUGGGACGUCAGUACUUUCUGAGGAUGUUUCCAGUUGGGACUCAGCUACCCCUGUCAGCACAGACACUGAGGCGUCUCAGUUCCCUCUCUGGCAAAUGUCAUACUUCUAUUCAAAUGCAUCUUCUGUUCCAGGGGCACAUGUUCCCGAAAUAAUGCCGUCAUCAAAUUUUCAUUCGGACUCUUCUGCGUCUCUGGGAGCAACAUCAAUAUGGCUGAUGGAUUCUGAAAUUCUCUUUACCUCAGCUUUUACAGAAGCUACCUCUGCGUUAGAGUCUUCGCUCUUCUCCUUUCAGCCAGUGGUUCCUACGCCGGUGCUGUCCACUGCUGACACAGAGUCUGUUACGAGCAGCAUCUUGCUCAACAAAACAAAUCUGAUCUCCUUGUUUACUACCUUUCCCGCAACUCCUGUCUUAAAUGUAUCUUCAUCUCUGCUCUCAACUGUUCUAGCUCCUGAUGAGGAUACUGGUGCUACAAUUAACCGCACGUUGCUUUUAACAUCUUACACCGAGGUCAGUGCUAACACCGCACUUCCUACUGCAAAUCCUGACAAUCUCACCUCACAAAGCGACGUGAGCCAUGUUAUUUCCUCUCCUACAGUAUCUGUGACCACAUCAUUUGUCCCUACACAGUUCCCUUCAUUUUUGAACACUCCAACUGGCUAUGACACUCCGCUAAGAACUAGUGUCACUGACAGUACCAACAUGACGACUGCUGUCUCCACAACCGUUAGUGCCGUGGGCAGCCAUGGCAAGACGACUAUGGAAAGCAGCUCAGAUACAUUCUCCUCCACUCCUCUGGCGGCCACUACUCCACCUGAAGUUAUAUUUGUAACCCCUGCCAUGACCACUACCAGGCCACCAUAUGUCUGCGACAUCACAGUUCCCGAUACUUACUUAGUCACCGCUGUGCUGGCCCGAAGAGCUGUUCUACAAAACGUCAGUGAAUCCAUCAGAGAAGUGCUCAGAGUUCAGUUCAGGCGUUCAGUGGAGCUAGAGGUUUAUAAAAUAUCCCCCAAAUUUGCUUUCUUGGUGACAUCAGGUCCUUUUGUUUACACGGCAGUGGCUGUCAUAAACGUGCUUAUGAACAGCAGUCUUCUUCGUGGUCAGGCCCCCCUGAUCCUCUCACUGCAUCCUUCUUUCACUGUGCCGGAUAAUAGAUUCCAAGUUCAGACAGUGCUUCAAUUUGUGCCUCGGAAUGUGGAUGUUGGGUUCUGCAAUUUUAGCCAGCGCAUUGAGAAAGGACUGACAAUGGCAUUCAUGGAGGUGAGCAAACAUCACCAGGACUUCUACAACUUCACUGUGCAGAUACUGAAUAUAACUCUGAGUAGGACUGGAGUAGCAUUUCGACAGGGCCCUGUGAGCAUUGUUUUUGCCAUCCGAGAUAGAUACGGUUUUCUAAAUGGGUCCGACGUCAGUGAGCAGCUAAGAAACUUGUCUGUGGUGGAAUUCAGCUUCUAUCUCGGCUUUCCUGUGCAGCAAAUUGCUGAACCCUUUCAUUAUCCUAAGCUUAAUGUGUCUCAGUUGAUGAAAUCUUCCUGGGUGAGAACAGUUCUCUUGGGUGUCGUCGACCAGCGAAUUCAGGAGGAAGUGUUUCAGGCUGAGAUGGAGCGGAAACUGGCUCACCUGUUAAACGAGGCUUUGGCCAGAGGGCGGAUAUGGAGAAGAGCCAGUUUUGCAGGCAGCAACAUUGUGCAGAUCGUGAAUGUGUCACGGUUAGAUGGCGCUGAUAACCCUGUGGAGCUGAUCUAUUUUGUGGAGGAUCAAGAUGGAGAGAGACUCAGCGCUGUGAAAUGUUCAGACCUGAUGAACAGAGUUGAUAUCCAGCGAGCUGCAAUCAUCCUUGGAUACCGCAUUGAAGGCACUGUUGCACAGCCUGUGGAAAAGCUGAAGGGGUCCUCUUCAGAGUCACAGAAUAGCAACCUGUGGAUUAUCGUUGGUGUGGCAGUCCCAGUUGCUGUGGUGCUCUUGAUCGUUAUUAUUUUGUACUGGAAACUCUGCCGAACAGACAAACUGGAGUUUCAGCCCGACACAAUGAGCAACCUUCAGCAGCGACAGAAGCUACAGGCCCCCAGUGUGAAAGGCUUUGAUUUUGCUAAGCAGCAUUUGGGCCAGCACAAUAAAGAUGAAAUCCUGAUUAUCCAUGAGCCAGCUCCUUUAGCAGGACCUAUUAAGGAUACUACCCCAUCUGAAAAUGGAGAUGUGCCCAGCCCCAAGUCCAAGACUUCCUCAAAGCCUUCAAAGACCGUUCGACACAGAGGGAGAGUUUCGCCAUCAGACGCUGACUCCACAGCAAGCGAACAGUCCAGUGGGAGAGAGACAGGAGAGGAAACUGCAAGACCAUCAACAGUGGCAAACGAGGGCAAACCACGCAGGGCAGUGAAGAAAGGAGCAAACAGAGUGGGACCUCCUCAGACCAGCAGUGGAAAUGAGCAACACUCCUCAGCCUCUAUCUUCGAACACGUGGAUAGGAUGUCACGUUCCUCAGAUGCCAGCAGACGGGUCCCAAGCAAGAUCCAGCUGAUUGCUAUGCAGCCAAUGGCAGCACCUCCAGUUCAGAACUCCAUACUUUCUGAUCGAGUAGCAGAAACCAACAAAAUUAAUAAAGAGAUACAGACAGCCCUGAGGCAUAAAUCUGAGAUUGAGCAUCACCGUAAUAAGAUUCGUCUUCGUGCCAAGCGCAAAGGGCACUAUGAAUUUCCAGUGGUGGAUGAUGUGGUGGUGGUUGACUCCAAAGAACAGCAUAGAAUAUAUCGUAAGGCACAGAUGCAAAUUGACAAGAUCUUGGACCCUGGAGGCAACGUGCCUACUGUCUUCAUAGAGCCCAGGAAGAGUUCUCGUGCAAAGCGUUCUCCCAAGCAGCGCCGGCGACAUCAGAUAAAUGGUAGUCCUAUUGAUGCGGAAAAGGACAGGUUAAUCACAACGGAUAGUGACGGAACAUACAAAAGACCUCCAGGAGUCAAUAACUCUGCAUAUAUUUCUGAUCCAGACUUGCCUCCUGAACCUCAGACAUCAUCUUCAGCUGACCUUGGGAAGUUUCCUGCCUUGCCUUCCCACCCAGUCUCCCAGUACAUCCCACCGCAGCCAUCCAUUGAAGAGGCUCGGCAGACCAUGCACUCUCUGCUGGAUGAUGCUUUUGCCUUGGUGGCUCCCAGUAGCCAAGCAGCCAGUUCCACUGCCGUCACACCACCCGGGGUCUCUGCAGGACAGCCGGUAAACAACGCUCCUGCUCGAGCAGGGAGGGGAACCACAUGCACCCAGUGGGGAUCACCUUAUGGUCCACCUCAGGCAGUAAACAACCCAUUUAACAGAUAUGUGGAAUUUGGAAUGACUCCACCAACAGCACCCGGCCUCCUACCAAGACAGAACUUUGGGCCAAGUUUUCUUCAACCUGCAGAGUUAAUGCACCCAGACCAGCAACCGCCUGAGACUCAGUAUUCCUCCAGAGGGAUGUACUCGGAAGAAAUGCCAUCAGUGGCACGACCACGACCAGUUGGAAGCACUGCAGGUUCUCAGAUACAGCACCUCACUCAGGUGGGAAUUGCUAGCAGGAUCGGAGCUCAACAAGUGGAGAUCCCCUCAGGCAGAGCAGGGCAUGGCCAGCCGGGGGGGCCAGGGUGGCCCCAGUACCGUGGAGAGGAUGAAUAUGCUAGGCGAGAUGCAUCGAGGCCUUCACUCAUUAACUGCAGUUCACCCAGUGCUGCUUCUGAACUCCAGCAGAGACGCAUAUGCAUGGACACCAAGAAUAUUCCUCCUCACCAGUAUUCCAGAUGCCGAGGACUUCAGCCAGGCAGCCUUCGGCACCCCCUACUCAGCUUCCACACAACAGCCUUCAGGGCCAGGGGCUUUGCUACACCACCAGUUCCACUGAGGACCUCCAACCGAGCCACUCUUCAGCCUCUCUUAUAAAAGCAAUUAGAGAAGAACUUCUACGACUUUCUCAGAAACAGACAACAGUGCAGAACUUCCAUAGUUGAUUUAGCAUUCUCUUGCAAAUCUGCCACGUAUCUGCUUCCUAUGGAAGUAAAGAGUUAAAGGAAAUCUGCAAUGUUAUUCUCUCAAGAAGAACAAACUCUCACAGCUCUGUUGACAGCACUCUGGAAAAAAUAAAAAGGCAACAAAAUGAAGAUAGUAAGGGAGACUGGGGACAAAUAGGGGAAAUCAUCAGUGUCAUCACAAGCAAUGUUGUUCAAUCAGCUAAUAUUACGGUGCUUCUCCUCUCUCCCCACCCUCAUUCAAUCUUAAAAAAUAAAUAAAACUUUAGGUCAAGAAGUCAACGCUCCUACAACAAAAAAUCACAGGAACAAUUUCUGAGUAUAGUAGACUCCUUUUUCUAAAGAAAAAGGCAAAGGUUUGCAUGAACUGAGAUGAUGUUUUGCCAGAGGUUACAAGUAUUCUCAUCUCCCCAGUGUUCAUGGGGAACGCUUUUGUGUUGCUGUUCUGCAAGAUGACAGACUGUAUCAGAUCUAGGGUGUUGAAGGUGUGAUCCCGGCGUAAGAAUCACUUUGGUUGACAGUAACAAUAGGACUACUUAGAAUAAAAGGAUUUAUGAGCUACUUGUAACAAACCGGAACAAUAAUUAUUAUAGGUCUGUGCUUCCGAAUGGAGCUACCCUCUGCACUCUUCCCUGUUUUCCUUCUGGUGCUGAAGCUUCAAGUGUUCCUUCAUCUUCAAUGUUUGCAAAGUGAAACAUUGGCCUUGUGUAACUAAGAAAAUAUCUGUAGACUCAUUCAGGCUGGAAAAACAAAACAAAGCAUCCAAACGGAAAAGGCUUGGUAUUUAUUUUGUUUAAAAUUAUUGAAAUCUAGGUAAGAAAUACUUAGCCACAGUUGAAUUUGGGGAAUUGUGUAUGUAUAUCUUUAAAAAAAUUAUUUACAUACUGUGUGCUCUUGUAAGAUCAGUGAUAAAACAUUUCCACUCUGUAGUUUGCUUUGUGGACAGAAAGCAGCCAGCCUGACUGGUACAGGGUCACCAGCAUUAAGUUAUAAAUUGAUGUCCUAAAUCAUUGCUUCUGUUUGAACCUGAAUAAUUUUAGUGAAAGUCAGUGACAGUUUAGAGCAUUAACAUAGGCUUAGAUUUGCAGUUUUGAGACGUUUUCUAUAUUUAUACCUGUUUCCGCUGUCCCUCUGGACAAAGGGUAAGCAUUAUCCCCAUGGUAAGAAUGGUAUGUGCCAUGGAGCUGUUUGUCACUGUUUUUUCCAGCGUUUUAAUUUAAUAUUAGCUAUGAAUUUACUAAUAUUUGGCCAUUGCAUAACUGUAACUGACAUAAUACAUCUGAGAAUUUUAAUUAAGUUGUGAUUCAUUGGAGUGUUUUUAUUUUCAGAUUGGACUGAACUAAAAGCUAGCAAGGUGGCCCAGAGAAUAGAGGGUAAGCUUAGCGUUUGUAAGGAGGCUUAGAAGCCUUGCGCUAUGAAAAUGAUAAGCAAAAAAUACUUGAUGCUAUAAUUUGGAUAUGUCAAACACUGAAGUGGAUAGUAGUCAUAAAAGGUCUAAGGAACAGUUGUCUGCCAAAAAGAUCAUUGGACAAUUGCCAGGGUAGGGCUGGGUUUGCCUCACUUAGGUAGAAAUGGCAUUGGUAAAAUACAGCUAUCUAACACGGGUACAGUAUGGUGUUCUUUGGCUUCCAACUCAGUUUCCUGGUUGCAGUGCGUGGUUCAGUAACUGUGAUGGGACUAAUUCAGAAUGAAAUGAAGACAGGUAGAAGGAUGCCAUGGAAGAACCCUAUGUACCUUGUUCAUGGAAUAUGUAUGUAAUGUCAUUUGUUGCCAAAGCCAAAACUAGGAAGCAACUGGCUGCUCACUGUUGUGGAAAAAAUGAUGGCAUGUUGUUUCCUCUCUAUUAGGAAGUUAAGUUAUUCUUUGGGUUCCCCAAAUUCAUCAAAAAACUGUAUGAAGUUGUUUGAGCAAUUUGCUGUAGCAAAGCAGUUGGAAUUCAUUUCCAGUUCCCUGGCUAAUAAUUUAAGCCCUGAUGGGCACUGGUUGAGGUUUGAAUUGAGUCAGAACACCUGCAUGGUUCUAACCAGCAGUACCUACGGGUCAUUCAUUUUUGAAUUUUUUAAGCUUUUUGUGUGAUAAUGAGUUCUAGCAUAAAAAUAAAGAAGCAUUAGUUUUCUGCCAAGUUUCUAAACAUGAACACUGUCGAUACUUUGAAGAGAGACUUUCAAAGCAGAUUUGAAAAUUGAAAGGUUUUGCAGAAUGAAGAGUGUAUCAGACAAUGUUCAUUUGGUCUUUUUAAAAAUGCUGAAGACUGUUCCUAAGGGUUCCCAGCAAACUCUGUCCUUCACAGCCUGGAUCCUUCUCCAGCUUAAUUCUGCAGAGAAGUCAGAGUCGUGUGCUUAUAACACCAGCCUCUGAUUAUGGAAAUCAUCAUGGAGUAAUUAGCACGUUACUGUGACUUCAUUUCAAGAAAAUGUGGGAUUCUAGAAUGCUAUUUCAUUAUCUGUCUGCUGGUUCCAGCUGCUUAAGUUUAAUACGGAAUAUGGAAUAAGAGCUUUGAAAUUUAUAGAUGCUUAUGCCAUUUGCCAUUUGUAUUUGCUAGUGAUGGUGAUGCUAUUAUACUCAGUCUUUUUAUAUUUGGAAGAAUAUCCUUUCUUUUUCUUUCUAGUCCUACAUAUUGCAAAGAACAUGUAAAAGAUAAAACAGUUUUAGGUAAAUAAAAGAGGCUUUUUUGGGUUAAAAAAAAUCCCUCUUCAAACCUUAACAAGUUCACUGGUAAGGAUGGUAAAGUAUAAGAGGCUGGAAAGCUGUGUUUGGAAGUUCUGUUCUCGAUCUGGUUAGAGAUCUAAUUUACUGUUCACAAAAAGUGGCACGGCAAACUCUGUAUAUUCAUAUAGUAACACGAUAGCACAUAAGGCACUAAAUGUUUCAUUUCUAAGGAUGAUCUUAACAAGAGGGAACCACACAUCUACUUUCUGCAGCUGUGAGAAUGCUGGGUUUUUCAUGUGCUACAAAAGGACUCUGUGGCACGUGCCAAAAUGUGUCUUUCUGCUUGGGAAUUCAGAGAGAAGAUCUGUAUGCCUCUGCAUCCCCAUGUGCAGGAACUCUUUUGCUAAUUAAUUUUUAUUGCCCUAUUAAAAGAAAAAAAACAACCUUUUUUUCUAAAUUUUGAAGUAUCCUGAAUUCAAAGCAUCUGUUGGUGAAUCUGCCAGUUACCAAACUAAUCCAAUGAGAAGUUGGUAUAAGCACAGAAAACUCCAUUACAAGCACUUACAUCCAUUUCCAUGACUACCUCAUCUGAUUCAUGGAAUACAUUUUCCCUUGACAUUUGUCUUUAGUCUUUCUUGGUUUGGCAUACAGAAGAAACUGGCAAGAUGAGAGCUGAGUAAUUUCUGUUGGUUAGUUUGCUUUUCCUUUCCUUUGCCAGAGGCCAAAAUGUUGACCUCUAGCUUACUUCUUGAUUUUCUUUGGAACUAAGUGAAAUUUUGCAAUUCUUUAUCAUAUAUUCUGUUUGAAAAGUGGGUCACACUUCAUUACUACAAAAUAUUCUCUACUACCAUGUAAUACAUAUGGUCCUAUCAGUGACACUAGGCAUGUGAUUUAGGAAAGAGAACUUUGCUUUUAGAGGGAUUCAGUUGCAUAGGUACUGGACUCAUGAUGCUAAAUUUGUGCACUUUUGAGCAGUAAGAGGAAUUUCACUGACCCUUUGUAAUAUAAUAUACUUGCCAUGGUUUGGGACCUGCUUUGUAUAUGGUAGUUGGAGAGUAACAGCAUCACACAAAGGGUAUAUGUUAGCCCUACACCCAAAGGAGGACUUUCAGAAAGGGUACUCCAACCUCAUAGGUCUUUAUGUACAUUCAUAAAUGCAUAAAUUAGUAGAUUGAUUAUCUAAAAGUGCAUGCUCCUACCAACUGUUGAAAUCAGUGCCUUUGAAAUUAGACCAUUGAAUUAGACCAGGGUUACACAGUUAUCUUAGAAAGAGACUUUACUCAGAGCAUAACAUCUCCUAGUACCCAAACAGCUGGGGCUCUGUUGUAUGUUAAUUCAUGGCUUGAAAGCACAUUAGAUGGGUUGCACAAGGAAGUCAUUGUAUAUUCAAGUAUGCCUGAAGUCACCAGUAGUGUGAUGUGGAUGGCACUAGGCAGCUGAACUCAUUUUUAACUAUCUUCCCAUCACCACAUCUUCCUCUUUUCCAGCUUAACAAGACUCUCUCAUUUUUCAGUUCCAGGGGAAAAUGGGCACUUUCCACUCUAUGCCUUAUCUAGCAAUUCUUCUCCAUUAACAGGUGCCAGUCUCUGAAAAAAGCAUAUCUUGGCUACAAGCUUUGAAGUGGCGGGAUGAAGACCACUUGUGACUUUGAGGUGGGAACAUGUUGUGAGCCAUGUUUUUGCACCAGCAAAGAAAUAAACAUCUUCAGAAAAAAUUCCAAAAAAUGGCACUGUAGGUGUUUUCUGAAUAUGGACACAAAGCUGAGAGCUGAUUAAAAGAAAAACAGUGAUAUCUGAUUGUUAGACGACAAAAGGCAGCAACCAGUUCUCCAGGACCAACUGUAACUGCACUAGAAAGAGAUAUAUAAAAUCUCGGGGAACUCCCCCUAUACCCUCCAAGCUGACUGCAUAAUAUAACCCCUCUUUUGCGCAGUCCUUCACCACUAACACUGCUGGUCUGUACAAGUGAGGAACGUCUCUAGAGCAUCAGUGGGACUCCAAAAAGUAGUUCACCAAGAUUGUAGAGCUUCUCCAGAACUAUUUGGAGAUGUCUAGAGAAAAAUACCAGAUUUAACGUGCUAUAAAAAUAAAAAUUCAGUACCCUUAUGUGGUGGGGCAUCUUUUCUCUGUUCCUGUUAUGUUUUAUCAGGAAAUUAUUUAAAAAAAAAAAAAAGUCUAGGGACAUAUGCUACUGUCAUCACUGUGCUGCUGUUCAUGUAUUCCAGUAUUUGUAGGCUCUAAAUGCUGAGGAAGGGGAAACUGGGAAAGAAAUUUUUUGGCAAUGCUGACAAAGACUCUAUGGUUUUCCAAUGUUUUGGCAUGAGUUUGACUGCUUGGAGAGUCUGUUAUCUCUAUGGAGAGUGUCAAAUGAAUUGAAGCUUAUGUUGGAAGAAGUACUGUAAAAAUGCUUUUCCAACCGAUAUGCUCCUUGUUCUCAGAUCUCUUGUCUUUAAAUGCCAAAAGAGUGUACCCUGAGAGUAAGAAACUUGAGAAGGAAAAGUCAUAUGGAGUUGCAUUGCCUUUUUUAAAAGAGACUCUCCCAGAGCAGAACUGUAGUCUCGUGAGUCCUAUUGAAGACUGAUGGAUAAAAAAGGUACAUUAGUGCUAGAAAAAUACACAUUUCUCUGCCCUUUGUAGUUUGUAGAGCUGGAAUAUUUUGUCUUGCUUUUAUGUUUUCUUGAUAGCUUUAUUGCCUUGAUUCUUUUUUCUUUUGUAAUGGCCAUUUCUGUCUAGUUUGGAGUAGUUCUUACUCCAUAACUUGAGGUUUGUGUUUAGCCUGUUACAUCUUAUUGCCUUAAUUGGAAUAAAAUGUUGGCACAUUUGAACAAAUA